AUGACGACGGCACGCAGCAAAGCUGGUGGGCCACUAGGCCUGACGAGCUCCAAGGCCGGCCUGAAGAAGGCUGGCGGAAAGCGGGGACAGAAGAUUGACCAGGCCGUGCGGGCCAUUGCUGCUACGCACGAGCCUUCUGCGCCGCCGCGCACGUACACUGACGCCGAGCUGAAGCUGGCGGAUGGCCGCCCAGCGCUCGAUGUGGACGAUGCCAAGUACGAUGCGCUCUGGGCCGAUGCGUGUCGCACUAUGGGUGGGGAGCCAAGUACGUACUCGGAGCUGACGCAGUUCACGCGGAGGGCACGAGCCGCGUUGAGCAUAUCCUGCGGCUACGGUCCCUGCAUGGGGCUGACGCGGCUGGAGCGCUGGCACCGCGCACAGGAGAUUGGCGAGAGCCCGCCCGAGCCCGUGCGAGACAUUCUCGAGACGCGCGAAGGCGUGCUGGAUCUGCGCCUUAGUAUUUUGGACCAGACAGCUAGUCUGGCGUAA